UUGUUUUCUUCAAAAAAAGAAAAAAUCAAAAAAAAAGAAAAAAGAACUCAUCUUUAUUGAUGAAUUCUUGAAUUUCAGAUUCCAAAAGGAAUCUGAAAUUUAGGGUUCUUCAAUUUAGAGAAAGUUUUUAACAUUUGUUGAGGCAAAAAAAUUAUAGAUUCUUGAAAGGGGUUUUUGGGAAUUAAAGAGAAAAUGUUAGGAUUUUGAUUAUAAGAAAAAAAAAAAUCUUUAAUUUAGGGUUCUUGAAUAUAUAUAUUUUUGGGGGCAAUUUUUUUUUUUCCUUUCUUGAAUUUAGGGGUAGUAUUAAAUUUUUGGGGUUAAAAGAUUAUAGGUUUUUGAAUUUUUUUUUUAAAAAAAAAAAUUGAAAGAGAAAAAAAAAUCUUGAAUUUAGUAUUGGGGGUAAAAGAUUAUAGGUUCUUGAAAGUAUUUUAUUUCUUGAAUUUAACUUUUUGUGGGGUAAAAGAUUAUAGAUUUGUUGAAAGGGGUUAUUUUUUUGGGGGAAUUAAUGAGAAAAUGUAAGGAUUUGAUUGAAAGAACAAGAACAAGAAUCGGGGUCUGGAGUCUGAAGAGGGUAGAGUGUAUGUAUACAGAGUCGUAGACGUUAACACUACCUCUCGACGAGGUAGAAAAAGUAUUUGAUUGUAAGAAAAUGGGGAAUACAUGUAUAGGACCCAAAUUGGGUAACAAUGGGUUCUUGCAAUCAGUAACAGCAGCUGUUUGGAAAACAAGACAACAACAACAUUUACCUCUUGCAAAUAAAGGGGACUCAAAUUCCCAUAAAACUCAAGAACAUUCAUCGGUUGGUUCGUCGUUGAAUGUAGAUGGAAAUGAUGCUAAUAGAUUUGGUGGUACUCAGAGUACUCCACCCCCACACCUUAAGAUUAGUGGAAAUGAUACUAAUGAGAAGAACUCGUCGCCAAACGUUAGUAAUAAGCCAGUGGAAGGAGUGAAACAGAAUAAACCUAGUCAUGUUAAGCGAGUAUCGAGCAUUGGGCUUAAAAUCGACUCUGUUUUGGGAAGAAAAACUGGUAAUUUGAAGGAGAUUUAUAGUUUAGGGAGGAAGCUUGGACAAGGUCAAUUCGGGACUACGUAUUUAUGUGUGGAUAAGGUACAUGGAAGGGAAAUGGCGUGUAAGUCCAUUGCUAAAAGGAAGUUGAAUACCGAGGAGGAUGUGGAGGAUGUAAGAAGGGAGAUUCAGAUUAUGCACCAUUUGGCAGGGCAUCCUAGUGUGGUACAAAUAGUAGGGGCUUAUGAGGAUGCUGUUGAAGUACAUGUCGUGAUGGAGCUUUGUGCAGGUGGGGAGCUUUUCGACAGGAUUUUACAGAGAGGACAUUACAGUGAGAAGAAGGCAGCUGAACUCGCUAGGGUAAUUGUAGGUGUCGUGGAAGCAUGUCAUUCCAUGGGUGUCAUGCAUAGGGACCUCAAACCCGAAAACUUUCUUUUUAUCAACCAGGAUGAAGAUUCGCACUUGAAGACAAUCGACUUUGGGUUAUCGGUAUUCUUCAAGCCAGGUGAAAUCUUCACUGAUGUUGUCGGAAGCCCUUAUUAUGUUGCUCCGGAAGUGUUGCGUAAGCAUUAUGGUUCAGAAUGUGAUAUAUGGAGUGCUGGAGUGAUCAUUUACAUUUUACUAAGUGGAGUUCCCCCCUUUUGGGAAGAGACGGAGCAAGGAAUAUUUGAACAGGUUUUAAGAGGGGAACUUGACUUUGUAUCAGAACCUUGGCCAUCUAUAUCAGAAAGUGCAAAAGAUCUUGUCAGAAAGAUGCUCGUGAGAGAUCCGAAAAAGCGGCUAACAGCUCAUGAAGUCCUUUGUCACCCAUGGGUCCGUGUUGGCGGUGUAGCUCCAGAUAAGCCUCUUGAUUCCGCUGUUCUGACUCGUCUCAAUCAAUUUUCUGCAAUGAACAAAUUAAAAAAGAUAGCAGUUAGAGUUAUUGCUGAAAGCCUGUCUGCAGAGGAAAUUGCAGGACUCAAGGAAAUGUUCAAAAUGAUAGAUACCGAUAAUAGUGGAAAUAUUACGUUGGAGGAACUAAAGAAAGGUUUGGAACGAGUAGGUGCGGAUCUGAAGGAUUCAGAAAUAACUAGUUUAAUGCAAGCGGCAGAUACUGAUAAUAGUGGUACCAUUGACUACGGCGAGUUUAUAGCAGCUAUGCUCCAUCUAAAUAAAAUUCAGAAGGAAGAUCACAUGUAUGCUGCUUUUUCUUAUUUCGAUCAAGAUGGUAGCGGGUACAUCACAAAGGACGAGCUCCAACAAGCUUGUGAGAAGUUCGGGAUGAGCAAUAUCCCCAUCGAAGAACUUAUGCGUGAAGUUGAUCAAGACAAUGAUGGACGCAUUGAUUACAAUGAGUUUGUAGCAAUGAUGCAAGACACCGGUCUUGGCGAGCUGGGGAGCAGAAGGAGGUAAGUGUUGGUAUUUUAGAGACGUUAAAAGCCUCGAUAAAAUCAUACUACGCGUACAUCUCUACGUAUCCGUGUUCAUAAGUACAUCAACAUGAGAAUGUUUCACUGUAUAUAUCAUACAUACAUGUAAAGAUUAGUCAGGCAAUUGGAGAGGGGAAGGCUAGUUUUUUCUUGCUUAUUAGCAUUACCAUUUUGUAUCUUUUUAUUUGUAUAUUUCUCCUCUUUUUUUUUUUUCAUUUCUUUGUAAAAUUAUUUUUCAUAACUUCACUUAUUUAGAUUUAUAAAACAUUUCGACUUUGAACACUUUGAUUA